AUGUCGAGCACAGAGGUCGUCCGGUCUGAGGCCGCGGCCAGCAAGGAGAUGGAGGCAGUGGCCGUUCCCAAUAAGAGCGAGCAUGUCGAAUACGGAGAUGAGCCCGUUCUCUCGCCCGAGCACCAGGCCUAUCUGAUGCAACGCCAUGGCACGACUGAUCUGGAUCCGAUCCCGGCUAUGGACGACGAAGACCCGUUGAAUUGGGGUCAGAGGAAGAAAAUAGUCAACCUUGUGCUGGUCGCGUUCCACGCCAUGAUGUCCACCUUCACAGCCGCCAGCAUCCAGCCGUCCUUUGUGGCGAUCGCGGCCGACCUGGACGUCUCCGUGCAGCAGGCCAGCUACCUGACGUCGCUGCAGAUUGCUGUCCUCGGCGGCGCGCCUCUGUUCUGGCGGCCCUUCUCGCAGGCGUACGGCCGACGGCCGGUCUUUCUGCUGUCGCUCGCGUGCAGUCUCGUGUGCAACAUCGGUUGUGCCGAGAGCCGGUCGUACGGCACCAUGGGUCUCUGCCGCGCGCUGACGGCCUUUUUCAUCUCGCCGCCGCUGUCGAUCGGCAGCGGCGUCGUGUCCGAGACAUUCUUCCGGCGCGACCGCGGCCUCUACAUGGGCGUCUGGGCGACCAUGGCCACGCUGGGCGUGUCGGUGGCGCCGCUGAUCUUUGGCUUUGUGGCCUACCGCGUCGGCUACCGGUGGGUGUACUGGGUGUUGGCGAUGCUGACAGUCCAGAUCAACGCUGGCCAGCUUGUCCUCUACCUCUUCCUGGGCCCCGAGACCCGCUACAUUGCCAACCGGCCCCAUGUCGAGCAGACGACCCCCCCCAGCCGGCCGUCCUCCUUUGUGGCCCGCUACCUGCGAUUUGGCCGCAUCGACCACACGCCGCUGCGGGUGGCCGACUUUGUGCGGCCGCUGGCCAUGGCGCUGCGGCCGUGCGUUCUGAUUCCGGCGGCGGCCUACGCGAUGGUCUUCCUCUGGGGCGGGAUCCUGAUCUCGCUCGAGCUGCCACAGCUCUUCCCGGAGCGGUUCGGCCAGAACGCCGAGCAGGUCGGACUGCAGAACGUCAGCCUCGUCAUCGGCACACUGCUGGGCGAGCAGCUUGGCGGCCGCAUGUCGGAUCGGUGGAUGUGGCGACGCCAUCGUCGUGGCCACUUUCCCGCGCCCGAAUACCGCCUCUGGCUCAGCUAUGUCGGCUAUGCCCUCGUCGUCUGCGGCGUCGUCAUCUUCCUCGUCCAGAUCGACCAUGCCGGUCAUCGCUGGAACGUCACGCCGCUCAUCGGCGCCGCCAUCGCCUCGGCCGGCAACCAGAUCAUCACCACCGUCCUCAUCACGUACGCCGUCGACUGCUACCGCCACGAGGCGGCCAGCAUCGGCAUGCUGGCCAACAUCGGCCUCGUCCGCAGUCUCGGCAUCCCUCUCGGCCUGCUCGUCGCCGUGUCCCUCUUGCCGACUAUGGCGCUCCAGUGGAAAGGACAUUGCUGGCGGAAGCAGCCAGCGUUGGCCUGA